UGUACCACCCUCAUCACAACGACGACCUCCUCUACCGCCGCGAUCCAUCUCGUUCUCCCUCCUCCACCGCCCGCUGCCCGCCGGAGAUUACGAUUGCGUCGCCACCUUCGUCUUCUUCUGUUGAUCCCAUGGAUGAGGUCACGACCAUCCUCGCCAGGGAUUUCGGCUUGCGGCCGCAGGGCAAGUCCGCCCCGAUGGCCGCAUCCAAGCCCGCUAAUCUUGCUUCCCGAUCGGCAGCCGAAAAAUCCUCCUGGAGUAAUCCGGUUUCCUGGGGCAUCCCUGACUCCUCCGACGAUCCGUUUAUCGGCAAUUUGGGUCUUGGAAGUCACAGCAGCCGGAGCCAGCCAGCUUUCGACGAUAUAUUCGGGGGCCCGCCGGUUCAUUUGAAUCCUGCGGCUUCCUCGGGUGGGUUGGCGUCUUCCUCGCCGCCUGAUGUCUUUGAUUCCUUACUGGACGGUUUCGGGGGCUCCGGUGUGAAAUCCUCUUCUGUGCCUGGUGUAUUCGAUGCGUUUCCUGGUGUAAAUAGUUCGCCGGUUAACUACGGUGAUGAUGACGUAUUCUUUUCCAUCUCAUCGGGAUCAAAUCAUGCUCCAAAGCCUUCAAUGGAUGAUCUUCUUGAGAAUCUUGGAAAACCAACGAGAAAGUCUAAGAGUUUGAAUGACGGAAAAGAGCAGAACUUUUCUGGCACUGAGAAGUUGAUUCCUGGGUUUGGCUGGCCUAGUCGGCCCCCCGAGAAGAGGAAUCCUCCAAAAAUUAACCUACCGAAGCCUCCUGUUUCAUCAUCUCAGCCAAUAACCACUGUAAUGGAGGAUCCUUUUGGUGCUUUCGAAACAAAAGAGACUACUGAUCUCGAGUCUUUCUUUUCUAUGGGUAAAUCCGCAAGGACUACAUGCAAGCAACCGACUGCAGCUUCAGCAGAAACCAUCUUUGACUUUCCAGCUCAAGACAUAGGCAUUAAUGGUGGGACAAAUAGGACUUCUCAACGCUCUUCGCCUACCAUCAAGAAGGCAUCUUCCACACCUAGUUUUUUGCAUGAUGAACCUUUUGAUUUUUGGGGUCCUCCAUCAUCUGUAGAAUUUGAAGAAAUUGAAGGAGAGAGUGAAGAAAGAAGAAAAGCUAGGCUAGAUCGGCACCAGAGAACUCUUAAUCGUGUGGCAAAAGCUUUGUCAGAAAAAAAUGAGCGUGAUAUGCAAAUUGAGCAUGAGCAGGCUGUAAGACAAAGUAUUGCAGGAGUACGAACUGCUGAAAUAAAACAAUGGGCUGCUGGGAAAGAAGGAAAUUUACGUGCAUUAUUAUCAACAAUGCAAUAUGUACUUUGGCCAGAAUGUGGCUGGGAACCUGUAUCGUUGACGGAUGUGAUCACUGCUGCUGCAGUGAAAAAAGUUUAUAGAAAGGCAACCUUGUGUGUCCAUCCAGAUAAGGUGCAACAGAGGGGUGCAACUCUUGAACAAAAGUAUAUUGCUGAGAAAGUGUUUGAUCUUCUUAAGGAAGCUUGGAAAAAGUUCAACACCGAAGAGCUCUCUUAAAUGGCGUGGCUUCAUUCCCUUUCCUUUGCUUUGUUUCGUAAGGUUAAAGGGGUAAAAAAAAUCUUUUCAGUUCUGUAAACCUCUGGUCUCUAGUGAGAGUAUGAAACAACAUAAAGUUGGAGGAUCAUUCAUCUUUUCAUCAUUCUCCAUUAAAUCCAACUAGCAUCCAUUCCAACUAGCAUCCAUCAUUUCGAGUGUCAUGUACCUUUCAAAUACCGCUUCCGAUUAUUUCGUGUCUCAGGAAGGCCGUUCGACUAAGGUUGAAUAAGUCCUCGUGAUUUAUCUCAUUUUAGACCGUCCUGGAGGGGCCACUAAGGGGAUGACUUUAACUUUUGCCACCAUAGUCAUAUACAUUUGCUUUAGAUGCUUUUGUUGUUUUAUUCAUGUAUUCUUUUGUAAAUUAUUGUCAAUUUUCAAGGGUUGAUGAGAUAAACACUAGUUUGAAGA